AUGGCACACACCCCCACUCAAGUGUAUGCACAGCUCCCGGUGUUCAAGUAUCAAACCUUUGAUCAGUCGUGCAUUUGUUACUCUACUAUUCCUACCUCACGUUCUUCCAAGAAUGCGGUACGAUACUACGGCCCAGUCACUGACCUUGCGCCCAAGCCCAAUGAAUUGCCUAAAGAGACCCCAGCGGAGCCCGCUACAGCAGAGACACCAGCUGAUCCAAAGUUGGAUUCAACUUCUAAAGCCGAAGAACCAUCAGGUGACAUUCCAGUAGAAGCUACUGCUGAGAAGAAGGAGGAGGACGCCGGAGGGGCUGACCCGGAGAAAGAUUCAGCACCGGAAGCUGCUACCGAUGCUGCUCCAGAAUCAGGAGCACAAGUCUCCCCUAAUGAUUCUGCUGGCGAGAAGACUGAAGAUGCCGGUGGACCAGAAGCUGCUGAAGCGCCUGCGGAUGCCACGGUUGGUGCUUCUGCCGACGCUGCCGACGAUACCCCUGCUGAUACUCCUGCCGACACUGCGGAUGCUGCCCUUGCUGAUACUCCUGACGCCUCUGCUGAUGCUGCCCUUGCUGAUUCUCUUACUGAUACUCCUGGUGGCGGUGACUCUCCACCAAUGGACUCGGCCGCUGACGCUGAACAAGACGAGGCUACCAAGGAGGAUACUACUACCGAGGCUAGCUCUGCCUCUAAAGCAGAUGUCGGAGACCCAGCUUCCGAGGAGAUCAGCACUUCAGAACCUUCGACCGAUGCAACUACCGUAUCUGAUGAUGUAGCUACAGAGGACAGCGAGAAGACAAAUGACGCUGACACUCCAGCCGAUAUUGCCGAAGAGACUGCUCCAAUGGCGGAGACUCCGGCGGAAGCAUCCGACGAAGAUGCACCACCUGCUGCUGCCGAAUCAGGUGCAGAAGAAGCCGAACAGAGUGCGUCGACUGACACUCCUGUCGAAGUUGAUGUCGUCGUUGUGGAACAAUCCACGGAAAAUGGCCCAGGAGAUGAUCCUGCACCUGCAGAAGAUGUAGCCGCAGCUGAAGGAGGUGCCCCAACUGCUAAGUUGGAAGCGGUGGAAGCUGCCCCAACAGAAGAUCCAGUACCUGCAGAAGAGCCUGAGCUAGUGACAGAGGCUGCACCGGCCGAAGAAUCAACACCCACAGAAGAGCCUGGACCAGGGACAGAAGGUACAGCUGCCGAUGAAGCUAAAGGGCCAGGGGAGGCGGCACUACCUGGAGCUUUCCCUGCAGAUGAGCCUGCACCAGUAGAAGGGGUGUCUGUGGCAGAAGAAGUCCCUCAAGUAGAGGAAGCCACUCCUGCAGCAGAUGCGGCAGCAGCAGAAGACACCCCAACACAAGAGGAACCACCAGUAUCAGGGGAAACUCCUGGUGCAGAACCUACAGCAGAAGAGACCCCAACAGCGGAAGGAUUGGCACCUGCAGCGGACGAGUCAGCUCCUGGAGCGGAAGGAUGGGCAUCUGCAGCGGAUGAAGGAUGGGCACCUGCAGCGGACGAAGGAUGGGCACCUGCAGCGGACGAAGGAUGGGCACCUGCAGCGGACGAAGGAUGGGCACCUGCAGCGGACGAAGGAUGGGCACCUGCAGCGGACGAAGGAUGGGCACCUGCAGCGGACGAAGGAUGGGCACCUGCAGCGGACGAAGGAUGGGCACCUGCAGCGGACGAAGGAUGGGCACCUGCAGCGGACGAGCCAGCUCCUGGAGCGGAAGAAUGGGCACCUGCAGCAGAAGAACCAGCGCCUGCGGAAGAACCAGCUCCAGCGGAAGAACCAGCGCCUGCGGAAGAACCAGCGCCUGCGGAAGAACCAGCUCCAGCGGAAGAACCAGCGCCUGCGGAAGAACCAGCUCCAGCGGAAGAACCAGCGCCUGCGGAAGAACCAGCUCCAGCGGAAGAACCAGCGCCUGCGGAAGAACCAGCUCCAGCGGAAGAACCAGCGCCUGCGGAAGAACCAGCUCCAGCGGAAGAACCAGCGCCUGCGGAAGAACCAGCUCCAGCGGAAGAACCAGCGCCUGCGGAAGAACCAGCUCCAGCGGAAGAACCAGCGCCUGCGGAAGAACCAGCUCCAGCGGAAGAACCAGCGCCUGCGGAAGAACCAGCUCCAGCGGAAGAACCAGCGCCUGCGGAAGAACCAGCUCCAGCGGAAGAACCAGCGCCUGCGGAAGAACCAGCUCCAGCGGAAGAACCAGCGCCUGCGGAAGAACCAGCUCCAGCGGAAGAACCAGCGCCUGCGGAAGAACCAGCUCCAGCAGAAGAACCAGCUCCAGCGGAAGAACCACCAGCACCUCCGGCAGAAGAACGAGCACCUACGGCAGAAGAACCAGCGCCUGCAGCAGAAGAACCAGCACCUACGGCAGAAGAACCAGCGCCUGCAGCAGAAGAACCAGCGCCUGCAGCAGAAGAACCAGUAGCGGAAGAGCCACCCCCUGUAACAGAAGAUGUACCAGCAGCCGAAGAAGCGGCACCACCAGCAGAAGAGGUUCCAGCUGAAGCAGUAGCAGUGGUCGAUGAUCCGGCUCCACCUUCAUCCCCCAACGCCGCCACAGAAAAGAAACACCAUCGUCAUCGCAGCGGAGAAUAUGUUCGUAAAAAUCGGCAGUCCAAAUCCAGCUCCGACCGCGAUAAUGGCCAUCGAGUCCACCUCCAACGCAGCAAGAAUGAUAAAGGUCUCUUCAAGAACCAAUUGGCCGUCGCAGUGGGCCAAGCCAAGGAGAAGCAGAGAGCUAAGCAUUCGACUACUGAAUACAAGGAAAGGAAACGAAAAGAGGCCGAGGCCGAGGCUCAACGAGAAGCAGAGCGAGAAGCCCGCCAUGCUGCGCGGAGAGAGAAGAGAAAGGCCGAACGAGCGGCUGAAGCAGCAAAAGCCAAAGCCAAAGCCAAAGCAAAAGCCAAAGCCGAAGCGGCUGCCGCGGAAGAAGCCGCCAAAGCCAAAGCCAAGGCCAAGGCUAAGAAAGUAGAACUUGUCGAACGUAUCACUCUACCUGUCAGCCCAUCAUAUGAAUAUCGCCGGCACCGCCGCCGGACCUCCUUCGCCGAAUCCAGCAGCAACAGCAAUGGUACCGGUGGCGCCAGCAGUGCAGAUGGGAGCACUGACCCACGACCAGGCCUCCUCAGACGAAUGACCACCGGUGAAGGUGUCACAAGCGGUAAAUUGCUUCGUCUCAAUACCGCGAAAGCGGUUGAGAAUGUAAGACCCGCGUUAGUGAGCCGGACGAGCUCGAGCCGAUAUCAUACUACGGAUAAUUACUACGAGGAGGGGAACAGAGAGAGGAGGAAGAAGCACACCCGUCGUGAUAGUAGUCCAGACUCGAGAGGUCCGGCUGGUGAUGGUAUGGAAGAAACUAGGCGCGCGAUGAUCCGGUCUUCGAGGCGGAGAAGCUCGAGGGGUCCGUAUAGUGAAGGUAGGGAGGAAUUGCCGAUUGUCAAGGUGCUGGGAAGUCUUUUUGGAAGGCGCUGA